AUGGAAGAAUUAUUUGAAAACGAUUAUUUUAUCAUUAUUGGAACAGUGACUGAUAAAGAUAGUUUAACAGAUUCCAUUGAUCAAUCAGGUGGUAUCUUCUCAAAAACUUUAAAUAAAAAAACAACAUUAGUAAUUUGUAAUGAUAUUGAUGAUGAAAAUAAUAAAAAAGAAUUAGAGAAAGUAAAGAGUGAUUUAAAGAUUAUUGGUGAACAAUUCAUUACAGAAUCAAUUAAAGAAAAGAAAAGAUUAAAUGUUGAUGAUUUUAUAACCAAAUCAAAGAGUGGUGGUAGUGGUAGUGGUGGUAGUGGUGGUAGUAAUGAUUCAGAUGAACAACAGCCAAGUAAAAGAUUAAAAGUUGAUUCAUUACAAGUUGGAUCAACAUGGAUGGGAGCAUUAUUUUAUGUGAAUACAAGUGAAAGUUAUCCAUUCUCAUUGAAUAUUGAAUCAAGAGUUGAUGAUAUAAACACCAAUGAAAGUAAAUUAGAAGGUACAAUCGAUUGGCCAACAUUAGAGGAUGCAAAAACUGCAUUCCGUGCAACUUUAAAAGAUGAUGAUUUAAAGAUUGAAGAGCAUACACAAAUCACAAACACUGAUCAAGUUUCAUUACCAAAUAAUUAUGAAGCAAAAGUUAUCAAUGGUAAUAGACCUUCAAUUAAAGGUACAAUCGUUUAUAGUGAUCCUACUGAUUCCGCAAAUCCUGAUUUAAAAGCAAGUUUUAAUUUAACUUUUAAACCAUCAACUACUCCAUCUUCUUCAAUCUCAUCUGCAACAUCAAAUUCAACAUCAACUACAUCAUCAUCAUCAUCAUCAAAUUCAAAUGGUACAGGAUCAUCUGCAAAUUCAACACCAAAAUUAGAUUUAGAUUAUUUAAUUGCAGGUAAUCAAUUUAAGGGUGAUUUUGAAAUACCAUAUAAAUUUAAUGUUAAAAUUACUUCAAGAAAGAAUCAACAAGAUAUUGAAGGUAUAGUUGAUUGGGUUGAUUUAAAGACAAAAACAAAAUUAAAGGGUACUUUAAAUGAAAAAGAUUUAUCAAUUACUUUAACUGAAACUGAUAUCAUUAGUGGUAGUGGUGUUGAAUUACCAAUCGUUUAUACUGGUACUCUUACCUCUUCAUCCGAUCCAAAAACUUUGGAUUUAAUAACUGGUCAAUAUAAAGUUGAUGGUAGUACACCUUCAACUGGUAAAUUUAAAUUAGAAUUAAAUUGUUAA